AUGGAAGGGGAAACAGAUGAAGCCAAUUUUGGACUGGCCGGAGUUAGGAACUUAGGUCUACCAUGGGGACUGUGUACCUGCAAGGAAAUGUUCAAUUCAACCUGCUUCUGGUUUGUAAGGUCUGUGAUGGUCAAGUUGGUGCUGCUGGACUCAUCAGGGAUGAUACUGGCAGAUUUUCCUACGGCAUCAGAAAACCUUCUCUAUGACGAACAGAACAAGCGGCAGAAUGCAGGGAAAAGUAUAUCCAAUGAGGCUUAUGUUGAUUCCAUCUCAAUGGGAAGAGGGGAAACCAGUAGCCAUCAGAAGCAAGGAAAACUAAGCGGAUACUCAUCGGAGGUCAUCCCGAAGCCAGACGAAGCAGCUUUGCAGGGUAGAGACAAUUACAUUAAUCCCUUGUGUGAACAAUCCGAAAGAUCAGAUUGCAGGAAGCAUCCCGUUUAUAGAUCCCAAAGGUGGAAAGAAAAUGAGAAAGUUGCAAAAGUUGGUUGCAGAUAUGCAUCUGGCGCUGAAGUUGGUCGGCAGAACCAAACGGGCACCUCCUCCCUGUCAAUUAUAAGGCCACCUGCAACUAUGGAAGAGAAAUCAAGAACUCUGAUAAUGGCUAGUUCCUUCCACUCUCGGCAUCCCUUCUUUAUUUCUCCCAUGCGCCGAUCAAGUGUUUCCGACCCAUUUAAGCUGCAUAUACCAGCCAAGUUUGCUAAAGCGCAUCUCGUUAUGAAGAACACGAAAGGCAUCCUUCGAAAUGCAAUGUCCGGAGAAUGGCCAGUUUCCUGCUACUAUGACGAGAAACGAGGACAUAUGUUGUCUGCGGGCUGGCCAGGUUUUGUUCGUGCACAUUCUCUGGUGGAAGGUGAUGCUUGUGUUUUCGAGCUUCUUGAAGAAGAAGGUUUGGUUCUGAAUGUCAUCAUAUACAGAAUGGCAGGAUGA